AUGUUUAUUGCUCCAUCACUGAAUCAGUUCACCGCAGCAACUGCCAUUCAAAUUAAUAAUGUCAUAAACACAAUCUCCUCUGCUGGGAAGGCGCCUGUCGUAUCGUCUUCAUCGGUUGCAGCUCAAAGGUUAAAAUCUGAAGCCUCUUUACCAGCUUCUGGCUCGCGAUCAUUUAGCUUAGAAAACCUUAAGUUGCCACCUGGUAUAACAAUUACAAAGGUUGAUGGUCCAACUGCUGCAGCUUUAAGGAAAUCUCAGUCAAAACCUUCAGAAAGUUCAAAACCCACACCCUCUGUGGCAUCCAGUCACAACUCAACCACAGUCAUAUCUGGUCCAACAGCUAUGUCCAGUUCCAACAGGCUUGGGGGAUUUGUGGGAGGAGGCAGCAUAUCUCAAGGGAUUGGUGGCUCAAAUGUCAUUGUGGUCGACACUGGAAAAAUGAAGGAAGAGCUCGAGGCAGUUACCAUGAAUGGCGUUGAUUCCAGCCUCAGUAAUGGUGGAAACAGUAAGAAAAAGAACAAGAAGAAAAAUAAGAACCAAAAUAAUAAUAUAAGUUUGAAUGUUAACGGUAAUGGCCAGUUGCAGCGACAGCAGCAGAUCGGAAAUGGCAUUGCUGCAAAUCAGGUAAAUGGAAAGCAUCUAACUGGUGUUGCAGGGAAGAAUCAGAAUUUUCAGAAUGGUACGAAUGUACACGUUCAGAACUGUGUUUUAACAAAACAAAACAUACGUCCGCAAACUCUUGCGAUGAAUGCCAGUCAGUUGGCUCAGCAACCAGCCAUCAUCAAAGUGAAUGGUUCAGUGGUGACUAUUAGAAAUCCAGCUCUACAGCAAGCCAUGGCCACUAGUGGUAGGUUCCCACAGCAAGGGAAUGGACAGGCAGAGAUUCUUGUUAAUGGUGAAGUGCCUACCAGCAAAGCAGGAAACAAACCUGGCAAAAAGCCUGUUAAUUCACCUAUCGCAAAUGGCGUUAUGGGGGUGAAAGGAAAAGAAAAUGGGUCAGUGCCACCACGAUUUGCAAAUCCUGACAAUAUGAUGUUGCGGAAUAGGUUGGCCCCACAAAUUGAAUACAGUGGAUUGAAUAGCAUACCAGGGCUUCAAAUCAGUAAGGUGAGUUCACCAGUUGGUAGAGUAGAGGAGAAUGGGAUAGCUGUCCGAGGAUCUUCAAAUAUGCUGCCACCUAGGAUGCGAAUUCAGCAGCAGCGGUCACCGCCAUCUCAGAUGACAGAAAUUAGAAAGGUGAACCACAAUCAUAUUAGUGCUCGACAGGAUGGAUCACUGCCGCAGCAUGCCUCGUCGGCGAGGUCAGCCAUGCGUGAAGCCAUGGCUGCUUCAAUGGCAGCUGCCAAUGAUGCAAAGAAGAAAAAGAAGAAGAAGAAGGGAGCCGGUGGCCAAGGCCAUUCAGAUGACUGGAAUCUUGUUGAGAGCGUGUUUGCACCGAAGGAUAUUGAUCUUGAAAAUGGUGAUAUUGAUGAUGAUGAACGUGAAUUAGAAGCAUUCAAACGAUUUUGUUUCAAUUCUGUUCCACCAAAACGCAAGGAGAAAGUGCAUCUGAAUAUCAAAGAUAUUGUUCUGAAGAAAAAGUCAUCUGCUAUUGGAUGCAGCUAAACAUUGCACAAUUACUUGGGUGUAGUGAAAACAUUUUGAAAGACAGAAUUGCCUUGAUCUGAAGUGACUUAUUAUCGGAGAGAAAGUUGUUGGUUCUAGUAAUUAAAAAGGAAGUUGUUUUAUUUAUACCCUGUGAUCCAUCAUAUUUCUUGGUGUUUGUAAUUUUUUAAAUAUUCAGAUUACAGCAUUUUGUGGCCAGAAGUAAUUUGCAAGAAUGUGAAGGCCCGACUUAAUAUCGAAUUCUGUAUGGCAUUGAUUGAAGUGAUGCUGAGUCUACAAUUGAUGCAGAGGAAAUGAAUUUUGAGUUAUUCUCAGCUUUUCACUGUGGAGUGUUGUACGUAGGACGCUCAGUGUAGGAUUCGGCAUCCGAGAUCGUGACAUGAUCCGAGAGCUUCACGCAUGCACAUGGCUGCCAAUAAAAAUAAUAUUGAAUUUGAAUAUAUGUGUUUCUUUAAACAAUCAGUUUUCAUUUGAAAUAAACUUUCAUCUUGAAAGAUGUGUUACUUUGGUAACAAAAUGUAUUUUGCUAAUGUCUGCACAACAGUGCUUCCUUGAGCAGGUUAAUUUGCAUUUUGCUGAUUGGAAUGCCGUAGUGGAUGAUUGUUCGAUUAAAGUUUUCAAUACUUUUUAUUGUGUGCGAUUAUUUACCUUGUAGAUAAGGCACUUGUGGUUUCUGUAUGAUUUGAACAAAGACAGAUGUCAGUUUGGGUAACUUUGUAUAGGUUGCGUAGUUUACAGGAAACACGCGCACGCACAUAUAUGAUUUAAAUUAAUGCGUACAGGUAGUUCUUACAUGCUGAAGGGAAAUGGAGUUCCAUGUGUUAUUACUCCAGUUAAGACAUGUUUUCAGUCAAGUCAUGGCAGUCAGGAUUUUAUACAUGAAAACUGUACAUUUUAAGAGUGGUGACUAUUUUUAUAGUACCAUUACAUUCUCAUUGCUGCUCUUGGUGUUGAUUUUAGUAGCGCAUCAUCGUGUGCAAGCCUGGCACCGAGGCGUCAGUAUUGUAAAGUGCUGAGAAGUAGCACAUAACCUCUUCACAGUCCCAAGACUGACAAACUAACAAAAUGUUGGGUCAAAAGAUGAUCCCAAUUUUUUUACAUGUGAGGCUCGGAAGAAGAGCCAACAUCUCCAGUGGUCUGUGGUAUUGUAUUUGUUAUACAAGACUUAUUUAGUCAUUAGAAUUGGUAAGAUUAAAAUUUACCAACAUAGA